CGCGGUCAUUAUCCAACAUUGUUGUCUUUCGGCACUACACGUGCCCGCGUGCAAUUCGUAAACAAAAUGCAAAUGCAAUAUAUAAAUUAAAAUUUUGCAACCACAAUUCGACAAUAACUGCCAUAAAAAAUGUCUCGCAUUAUAGUUAAGCAUUUGCCCAAGCAUAUCACCGAGGAGAAACUGCGCAACAUAUUUGGUACGAAGGGAGUCAUUACAGAUUUGCAAUUAAAAUACACGGUCGAUGGUAAAUUUCGGCAAUUUGGUUUUAUUGGCUACAGUAGUGAGGAAGAGGCCCAGGCGGCUAUUAAACAUUUUCACAACACAUGCAUCCAGACGAGUCGUGUCCAUGUGGAAUCCUGCGCAGCAUUAGGCAGUGAAGAAAAGCCGCAGUCCUGGAGCAAAUAUGCUAAAGAUAGUAAAAAGAACUUGGACAUUGCAAAGGCAGAAAAGGAGAAGGAAAUUGCAGCGGACAAGUUAAAAGCCAAGGAAAAGAAGACAAAAGAAAAGAAACGCAACAAGGUCGAUGAAAUACUGGGCGAGCAUAAAGAUGAUCCAGCGUUUCAGGAGUUUAUGCAGGCUCAUGACAAAACGCGCUCUCUGUGGGCCAAUGAUGCAGGACUUGCAGAAAAGCGGGAUGACGACGAUCAAGACGACAAUGAGGAGGAGGAAGAGGAGAAUAAGGAUGUAGAUCCAAAACCAAGUAUUGGACGCGAUGACAGCGGUGUGGAUGCUGAUGCUGGCGAAGAUGAAGAAGAAGAAGAUGAGCAACCAGUUGAAAAGUUAGCCGAGAAACCCAUUAGUGAUUUAGAGUACAUGAAAUCUUUAAUGGCAACACCAAGUACCAGUAAAACAUCCACAGCCGUCACAACAAAGAAGGCCAAACCAGACAAAUCCAAUUUGGAGCUGUUCACCAUCAAGAUACACAAUGUUCCGUACAAUACUAAACGGCAGGAGGUCCUUAAAUUCUUCAAGCCCCUUAAGCCGUAUUCCGUUCGUUUGCCUGGUAAAGUACACGGCUUUUGUUAUGUUGGAUUCAAGACAGAGAAGGACAUGGCCAAGGCCAUGCUGAAGAACAAAAGUUUCAUCAAAGGUAAACAGGUCUUUUUCUCCGAUUUUACGGAAAAGAAUAAAGUGACGAAAGCCAAUAAGGAGGGAAGAACAAUAACAACAACAAAAUCGGAUGGCGACACAGGAAAAAUGGGCAAAUGGAAACAGCAGCAAGAUAGUCUUCAAACAGAGGAUAAUAUAUCGGAAUCGGGACGCAUCUUCUUUCGCAAUUUGGCCUACACCAUCACGGAAACAGAUCUACAAAAACUAUUUGAACAAUUUGGUCCAGUGGUGGAGAUUAAUUUACCAGUGGACAAGAUAACUAGAAAGAUUAAGGGCUUUGGCACGGUGACCUAUAUGAUGCCAGAACAUGCCCUGAAAGCCUUUAAUUCUCUUGAUGGCAGCGAUUUUCAUGGCCGACUGCUCCACUUGCUGCCCGGCAAGGAGCUAGACAAGGAUGGCGACAAAGAGGACAUGGAUGAAAAUGACGCGAGUCUAUCGUUUAAGCAGAAAAAGGCUCUGAAGCUUAAGAAGAGUGCCCAGAAACCCAUUGGAUGGAAUACAUUAUUUUUGGGUGCCAAUGCCGUGGCAGAUAUAUUGGCCAAACAGUUUAAGACAUCCAAGGAGCACAUUCUGGACACCAGUCAAGGUGGCAGUAGUGCUGCCGUUCGCCUAGCUCUGGGUGAAACACAGAUUGUUAUGGAAAUGAAACAGUUUCUAGAACAGGAGGGAGUCCGACUCAGCGCAUUCGAUGGGGUGAAUCAGAAGCGUUCCAAGACUGUGAUAGUGGCCAAAAAUCUGCCUGCUGGCACCGAGGUUUCCGAAUUAAGUCCCGUCUUUAGCCGUUAUGGGCCCAUUGGACGAAUUGUUCUGCCACCCAGCGGAGUGACGGCUCUAAUUGAGUACUGUGAUGCCUCCGAGGCACGGCAGGCCUUUAAGAAGCUAGCCUACAGCAAAUUCAAGGAUGCUCCACUAUUUCUCGAAUGGGCUCCAGAUGAGACAUUUACCGUUAGUCUCAAUGGAGAAGCCAUAAUACCCAAAUCUGAACCCAAACUAGAACCCGAACCGGAACCAGCGAAAGGAAAAGGGAAGACUGAACCAGUGGCUGAAGAUGCUGACGAUGAACCUGAACCAGAGACAACAAUCUUUUUGCGUAAUCUUAACUUCAAGACCGUACAGGAGACAGUUUGGGAGCAUUUUCGUCAUUUGGGCACAAUACAUACAGUGGAGAUAGCAAGACGUGCCGAUCCACAGAAUCCCCGCCAUUCCACCUCACUGGGCUAUGGUUUUAUACAGUUUAAGAAGCAUUCGGUUGCCGAGAAUGCUCUCAAGAAUAUGCAAAUGACCACCAUUGAUGGUAACUCGGUGGAACUCAAACGCAGCGAUCGUGUGCUCAAAACUCAGGAACAAGAAAGUUCACGUCGCCGCCAGGGAUCCCAGAAGAAGCAAACAGGUACCAAAAUCCUGGUACGCAACAUACCCUUUCAGGCUCAGUAUCGGGAAGUGCGCGAUAUUUUCAAGGCCUUUGGGGAAUUGACGUCUCUGCGCAUACCCAAAAAGAUGGCACCCGGCGAGGAUGCCCAUCGUGGUUUUGGUUUCGUUGACUUUGUGACGAAAGCAGAUGCAAAGAGAGCGUUCGAUGCACUGAGUGCCAGUACCCAUUUGUAUGGUCGCCGUCUUGUGCUCGAGUGGGCCACACACGAGGAACAUGACGAUGUGGAGGAGCUGCGCAAGCGGACAGCCAUUAAAUUUGACGCUAAUCAAAUGGCAACGAAUGCCAAGCGAAGUCGUCGUGCCUUCUUCGAUGUGGAAUCCAACAUCCCGCAAUCGGCCAACAAUGAUGAUGAUGAUGAUAAUGAUGGGGACAUGUAAAACAUUUCGAUAAUAGCCACAGAAUGUAUAUUAUUACACUUACUAGUUAGUUAAUUAAUAAAUAAAAACGUGUUUUAUUUAAUUCAGAAAA